AUGUCGUCGUCCUCUAAUCUGCCUCUCCGCCACGAGUACCUCCUGCUCCGCACAUCUCCGCCUUCCGAUGUGCUGAAAAUUCGCCAGGCUCUCCAAGAAUCGCUCACCCAGUCAUUUGGGCUGACGGCGUCGGAUUCACAGGUGGAUGUUUUAUGGGUUGGGCAGGAAGAGGACAAGGAAACAUACGGGAGGUGUGUCUUGAGAUUGGCUUCUGGGCCUGAUGCAUCUCGAAUUCGCGCUGCGAUUGCUGCUUCCGCGGCGGCGCCACGUAUGGAAAUCGUUCGGAGCUCUGCCUUCCUGCCGUCGCUUUUGGCAACAAACGACGACUUGACUUAA